GCUUUAUCCCGCUAUAUAUGUAAAUCCCAAUUUGCUUUACAGAAGCACACCUCAAAAAGGCUUAAACAAAUACCUGCUACACUCAGCCAAGAUGAUUUUCCCUAUCUUCUUCACAUUUUUUCUCCUCCUCUCCACUUCCCAUGCCUCUGUGCAAGACUUCUGUGUUGCAGACUACAAAGCUCCUGAUGGCCCUGCAGGCUACUCUUGCAAAAAGCCCGCAAUAGUUACCGUCAAUGAUUUUGUGUACUCAGGCCUAGGCAUUGCUGGUAACACCACAAAUAUCUUCAAAGCAGCAGUCACCCCUGCAUUUGCUGCCCAAUUUCCUGGUGUGAAUGGCCUUGGCAUUUCACUGGCUCGUUUAGACCUGGGUCCGGGUGGAGUUGUCCCCUUUCACACUCACCCCGGAGCUUCAGAAGUUUUACUUGUUGUCCAAGGGACAAUAAUUGCCGGGUUUGUUGCCUCAGAUAACACACCUUAUCUGAAAACUCUUAAGAAGGGUGACAUUAUCGUGUUCCCUCAAGGACUAUUGCACUUCCAAGUGAAUGGAGGUGACACUCCGGCCAUUGCAUUUCCUAGCUUCAGCAGUCCAAGCCCUGGUCUGCAGAUUGUGGACUUUGCACUCUUCAAAAAUGACUUAGCUACCGAAUUGAUAGCGCAGACUACUUUACUUGAUGCUCCUCAGAUAAAGAAGCUUAAGGGUGUUCUUGGUGGCACUAAUAAGGUCUAUUGAGAUACCGAAGAGGAAGAAGGUCACUAAAGAUUGUCCCUUUGUUUUCUUCUUGUGAUUGAGAAGGCCUGUAAUCAAAUAAUAGAUUUGAAAAUAAGGAGCACACGCAUUAGCAGCUGUGUCCACCCAGUUGCACCUGAGCUCAAAUCUCCCUCUCCGUAUUUUAGAGUAGUUUAGAAUAUCGUAUUGUUAAGAAAAUAAUAAGGAUAAUAUGGAAAGUUGGUAACUAUAUAUACCAAAAUAAUGUUUGAUGAA